AUGAAACAUUUCAGCUUCCUACACCCAAAAGUUUGCACACGUUCUGGCAGUUUGAAACGGAUGAAGAGGGAGUGGGUUAUUCCAGCAAUUAACUUUCCAGAAAAUGACAGGGGUCCAUAUCCCAAAUUCAUGGUGAAGAUAAAGUCCAACAAUGAGGAAAAGGUGGCGAUAACCUACAGAAUCACUGGACCAGGGGCUGAUCAGCCCCCUGAGGGUGUUUUUACUGUUGAUCGGCGAUCUGGGGUGCUGUAUGUGACCCAGCCACUGGACAGGGAGAAUACAGCCAAAUACAGUCUGUGGGCCCAUGCACUGAAUGAGGCCAUUAGGGCUGAGGAGCCCAUGGAGCUCAUUAUCAAUGUCAUUGACCAGAAUGACAACGCUCCAAAAUUCACUCAGAACCCUUUCUAUGGCAGAGUGAGCGAAAGCGCUAACAGUGGUGACUCAGUUUUAAAGAUAACAGCAGUGGAUAAAGAUGACCCACAGACAAGCAAUGCUAUGAUAAGGUAUAGGAUAAAGUCUCAGAUGCCCAAAGAGGACACGUUUGCCAUAAACCCAGUGAGUGGAAGGAUCAGUGUAAUGGCAGGCGGACUUGACAGAGAGACUCACUCAGAGUACAAGUUGAUCGUCGAAGCUGCUGACAUGGAUGGAGAGGGGCUAACAACCACAUGCACUAUUAUCAUUAGUGUCACUGACAGCAACGAUAAUGCUCCACAAUUCACUGUCACAUCUAUAUCUACAUCGGUCCCUGAGAAUGAGGUUGGGGUGGAAGUAAUACGACUAAAGGUCACUGACAAGGAUGAGUUAGGAUCUCCAAACGCCAACACCAAAUACUCAAUAAUCAAAGGCAACAAGAGGGUAGACUUCAACAUCACCACAGGCUCCAGUAAAAUGGAGGGAAUCCUCAAAACAGCAAAGGAGCUGGAUUUUGAGAGCAAUCCUGUCUUCACUCUGCUGGUGGUGGUGACGAAUGAGGUGCCGUUUUCUGGAUGGGUGUCAACCUCGACAGCCACCGUCAAUGUAACAGUUGUGGACAAGAACGAACCUCCUGUUUUCAGUCCAGCCGAGAUCCAUGUAAGUAUCUCAGAAGAUGCGGAAACAGAGAGUUCUGUGGACGACCUCAGGGCGAAGGACCCAGACACAGCCAGGAAACAAUAUAAACUACAUAAUGACACUGCCAGGUGGCUGAGUAUUGAUAAAGACUCGGGAUCAGUCAAAGUUAAAAGCAACAUGGACAGAGAAUCACACUAUGUCAAAGACAGCAAAUACACAGUUCUAGUGCUGGCUUAUGACAAUGAUACCGUCCCAGCUACAGGGACAGGCACUCUGGUUGUGAGUUUAUUAGAUGUGAAUGACCAUCCUCCUGUGAUCAAGCAGAAGAAAGCCAGCCUGUGCAAUAGUGACCCUUUUCCUGCCCUGCUGGAUAUAGUGGACCCAGACGGACCUGGUCAUGCUGGACUGUUUAUUGUGGAGCUUCAAGGAGAGCACAAGAUCAACUGGAUUAUUAGUACCAAUUCCACAAGCAAUGUUGCAGCUCUGGCCCCCAAACGCGAGUUGUCACCUGGGGACUAUUAUGUGCUGUUGCGUAUCUAUGAUGUUGGGAUGAUCUACCUAGACAGUACACUGGACGUAGAAGUGUGCCAAUGUCAAGGGGCUGUCUCAACCUGCUUCAUCCCACGUUCUGCCCCACAUCUGCACAUUUCUUCUCUCGCAACCUCAGUUCUUGGAGCAAUUUUUGGUCUUCUGCUACUGCUCUUGCUGCUGCUGCUGCUGCUGAGAAGGAGCAGGAAAUCGAAGAAGGAUGUCCCUCUUUUUGUAGACGUACCCAGCGACCACAUCUUCUGCUACAAUGAGGAGGGAGGAGGUGAAGAGGACCGGGAGUAUGACCUGAGCCUGCUUCACAGACGGCUUGAUAAACGCCCUGAAGUCUUCUGCACUGAUGUGUUUCCUACUGUCCAUAGCCGCCCACGCUACCGCCUACAACUCCAAGCCAAUGACGAGACUGUCAAAUUCAUUGAGGAUAACCUGCAUGCUGCAGACAGUGACCCCGAAGCUCCUCCUUAUGACUCUCUUUUAGUGUUUGACUAUGAGGGUGUUGGCUCAGAGGUGGGUUCAUUCAGUUCAAUGAACUUCUCAGACUCGGAUGAGGAGCAGGACUUUCUGAGCCCGGCCCUCUGGGGACCACGUUUCAGCAGGUUGGCUGACCUGUACACUGGCUGGGUAGACAAGGACGAGGACGACACAGAAACACUGCCAGGAAAAACAGAAUGGGUCUGACAUGUCCCCAUAUGUAUUUAUAGAUCUGCUAAAUUUGUGUCCAUCUGUCCAAGGUCCACAGAGUGCUGACCUCUUUCUGCUGCCCUCUAUGGCUUUUUAGCUGAGAUUCCAUAGCAUUCCUCCUGGCUUGUUCAUUGCACUGACGUGUUGGAAUUUGCAGGUAAAC